GGACGCAGCUCCACGGACGAGCGCACGCAGGAGGAGAGGGGAGAGCGUGCGCAGCCACGGGACGCAAGCGCCAGUAGCCGAGGAGGAAGGGGUGGGGGGGGGUGGGCUUCCAGACUGGACGGGCCCAGCGAUGCCUUGAUGGAGCAUGGGCCAGGUUUUAGGAUUCUCCCACUGCCAGGAAUAUGGCUCCGUGGCGUCCACUCCAGACUCAACGCCUCCAUGCACUGAUGGCGGAAAUGAGGAGUCUGAGAUGUAUGAGCUGCAGACGGCCAGGGAGUGGUCCGAUGAUGAAGAGGUGGGAGACGAAGAUGCAGACGACGAGGAGGGGCUGGCCUCCUCUCCCUCCAUCUGGGGAACACCUCGUCAGAACUCCUUCGAGCUGACGUUCUCCUACAUCGCCAUUGCUGAGGCUGAGGCGGUGGGAGCCUCGCGGCACCACCGCGACAGGCGCAGGGGCUCCUCUCGCUCAGGCCGCGUUCCUUUGAUCCACGCGGACACCCUGGAAACGCUACUGGACCCCCCCGACGUGGAAUGGGACCCCCAGGCCUUCCUCGGCCAAGAGGAAGAAGAGGGAACAGCUGAAAUGGAUCAGGAGAGGGUGGAGGUGAGGACGGAGAGCACUGCGGGGAGGAUGGAGCAGCACAGACAUACUGAGACUGUUACACAGCAGCCGUCCCUUCGAAGCCCGGACUCUGAAGCGCAGGGAAGAGAAGGAGGAGUCCACAGAGGGGAGACUGAGAGCAGCCUGACAGACACAGUGCUGCCUCCCCCUCUGUCCCCGUCUUCCCAGCAGCAGAGCCUCACGCAGACCCUUCAGGCAGAAGCAUCAGCAUCACCGACCUCCGAGCCAGAGCCUCCCGUCGCCGCGGAAACCGUUUCACUCACGCUGCUCACAUCUGCACGACCCGGAAGUCCAGCGCCUCCAGCUGCCGUGGGUCCAAUCUCUCAGGAACAGCUGGUCGGUGACCACUGGUUUUCAGCUCUCGAUCUGUCAGAGGGUCCGGCAGUAUGCACCCACAUAGCAGUGAUGGAGCUCAUCUACUGGAAGGACAUGGAGCGGACCGGCAUGGUGCUGACUGGGCUGGUGGUGGGGCUGCUGGCCCUGUUCCAGCUCAGCAUCAUCACCGUGCUCUCCACUGUCUCGCUGGCCGUCGUGUGCUUCACCAUCUCAGUGCGGAUCUACUACCAGCUGCUCUACGUCCUGAGCUGGGGCGAUGGCGUGCACCCCUUCAAGUCCUACUUGGACCUGGACAUCAGCUUCAGUGGAGAGCAGGCUGAGCUGUACAUGCAGAAGGCCAUCGUGAUGGCUCUGUCUGCCGCUGACGCGCUCAAAAGACUCUUCUUCGUGGCGAACCUUUUGGAUUCUAUUAAGUUCCUGGCUCUGAUGUACCUUGUGACGUUCCUGGGGGACCUGUGCAAUGGCCUUACUCUGCUCAUCAUUGGUGUGAUUGCUCUAUUUUCUCUGCCACUUUUCUAUAGACAGCGCCAGGAGUAUGUGGACAGUGUUCUUGCAAAGGUCCAGGCCCAAGUUGAGAAUAUCAGAGACUUUUUCCAGAGACUUGCCCAGGGGGGAGGCCCUCCUCCUGACCCAACUCCUGGUGGCGCCAAACCCAAGUUCCAGUAAACACUGAUGAACAGGAUCUUAAAGAGAAGCUGGAGGAGUUGCAGGCUGUCACUCAGAUGUCUUACAGAGCAGUCUGUGCUCAGAGCUACAGAGACUGGGAACAGGGUGGGAUGGAUGUUACAGUACUUACUUGGAUGGUUUGGGGUUGAACUUUUUACUGUAAUGUUGUCUAAGUCAGGAGGUUGGGUGAAAAAAUCUAAGUCUGAAACAUGGAUAAAACCGCUGCUGCUGUCAUCAGAGAUGGAGACACAGAGUGAUGCUACUUGUUAUGUCUGUCCAAAACAUUAGCUUUAGUCCAAAUGAGGUUCUCAGACCAGAAAUGGGAAGUUCUCCUGAGAACCGUUGAAGAUCGUUUUAAUUAUUGGGGAAAACCAAUUUUUAUAAUGGCAGCAUAAAGUUAUAAAACAACCAUGCAUGUGUUGGAACAUGUACAUUUCAUGAUGCAUAUUCAAUGUGUGUGUGUGUGUGUGUGUGUGUGUGUGUGUGUGUGUGUGUGUGUGUGUGUGUGUGUGUGUGUGUGUGUGUGUGUGUGUGUGUGUGUGUGUGUGUUUGUGAGCGU